AUACAACAUCGUUUUUUUUUUUUUUUUUUUAUAAGCAUCACAUACAACAUCGUAAAUGAUGGCUAACAAUUGACAAUUUGUUUAGUCAAAAAAAAAUUGAAAAAUUGUUAUAUUUUUUUGAGUAAUUUGUUUAUCUUUUAUUUCUUUUUUUGAAAAAUUUAAGGAGAAAAGAAAACACACUAUAAAUGCCACACAACCUUGUACACCUAAGUCCAUAGAACAACCAUCAAAGCAAAAUAUCAAUAAAACUAGGAAGAGAAACUCCAUCGUUCCAAACAUCAAAAUAUCUGUUUUCUAAGUUUUGAUUUUGAAGAUGUCGGUACUUUCAGAUCUAAUCAACCUUAACCUAUCCGAUACCACCGAGAAAGUGAUUGCUGAAUACAUAUGGAUCGGUGGAUCUGGCUUGGACUUGAGGAGUAAAGCAAGGACUCUCUCUGGACCUGUUAAUGACCCAUCAAAGCUUCCAAAGUGGACCUAUGAUGGUUCAAGCACUGGUCAAGCUGCUGGAAAUGACAGUGAAGUGGUCUUGCAUCCUCAAGCAAUUUUCAAGGAUCCAUUCAGGAGGGGUAACAAUAUCCUGGUUAUGUGUGAUACCUAUGCUCCUUCUGGUGCACCCCUUGUCUCUAACAAAAGACAUGCUGCUGCAAAGAUAUUCAGUCAUCCUGAUGUUGUUGCUGAAGAACCAUGGUAUGGUAUUGAGCAGGAAUACACCUUGCUGCAAAAAGAUACCAAUUGGCCUCUUGGAUGGCCCAUUGGUGGUUUCCCUGGACCUCAGGGACCAUACUAUUGUGGAAAUGGUGCUGACAAAGCUUUUGGUCGUGAUAUUGUUGAUGCACAUUACAAAGCAUGUCUUUAUGCUGGAAUUAACAUCAGUGGUGUUAAUGCAGAAGUUAUGCCUGGCCAGUGGGAAUUCCAAGUGGGUCCAGCUGUUGGCAUCUCUGCUGGUGAUGAGAUUUGGGUUGCUCGUUACAUUUUGGAGAGGAUUACUGAGAUGGCUGGGGCAGUGCUAUCACUUGACCCUAAACCAGUUAAGGGUGAUUGGAAUGGUGCUGGUGCUCACACUAAUUACAGCACAAAAUCAAUGAGAAAUGAUGGUGGGUAUGAAGUGAUUAAAAAAGCAAUUGCUAACUUGGAGAAGAAACACAAGGAACAUAUUGCUGCUUAUGGAGAAGGCAAUGAACGUCGUUUGACUGGAAGACAUGAAACUGCUGACAUCAACACCUUCUUAUGGGGUGUUGCAAACCGUGGUGCAUCUGUUAGGGUAGGAAGGGACACUGAAAAAGCAGGGAAGGGAUACUUUGAGGACAGAAGGCCUGCAUCUAACAUGGAUCCAUAUGUGGUCACUUCCAUGAUUGCAGAGACAACUAUUCUAUGGAAACCAUGAACAAUCUUGGAUUUGGAAUCAUCAUAGCAUAUGCAAGUUGGAUCUAGUUGUUUCAUUAGUACUAAGUUAUGGUUUGUUUACAUUUUUAAGUACUUGUGUGAUGUUUAAUUAAGGACUUGUUUGGUUGUGGAAUUUCGUUUGCUUUGUAAUUUAGUUUGCUUCUUUCCCUUAUUGUCUUGUUUCAAGUGUCUCGUUUGACAAUAAUGAUUGUGCUUAAAGUAAUGAUAUUCUUCGUUUUUUUUUU